UUUAGGUCAUUGUUUUGUACAAAUUCCUAGCUUGCAUCCCUCACAAUGAUUAGGCUCAUGGGGACUCUUCACAUCAAGGCUUAUGGCCAUCUUGUUCUGUUCUCCGAGAUCUUCUUGGUAGCACUUAAUUCUUAUUUUCACCAUCAGGGUCUCCAUGAGGACUUGAAUGUUGUCGGACUCCACGUUUGGUUUCACCAUCUGUGCAUUGGGACAUCUCUUGCAGUUUUGGCGCAAAGGCCUCACCUUGACGGUGCCCUGCCCAUUUACAAGGCGCAUGUGGAAAACCACCAUGACCCGGUUUGAAGGCCAACUUCUCCUGCAUGAGUCAAACAUGGUGGAGGAAUCAGAUACAUACCACAUCCGACCUAACCAUCGGCUCAAGUUUAAACCAGCCAUCGUAAAGGAAUACAUCCAUAAUAUUGUGAAGGAGCGUCUUUCUGACGUGCAGUAUGACCCAGAGACUGUCGCAGAGCUGACCUGUUCACUGGCAGAGAGCAUAAAGGACAAAGUGAAGACUGCAGAAUUUGACAGAUACAAGAUUGUUGUGCAGGUGCUCAUUGGAGAACAACGAGGACAAGGAGUAAAGAUGUCUGCUAGAUGUUUGUGGGACGCAGACACGGACAACUAUGCAGAAGACGUUUUCAUGAAUGACAGCUUGUUCUGUGUGGUGACAGUUUUUGGAAGCUAUUAUUACUGAAGACUUGAAGCGUGGAUAUUAUAAAAUGAACAUUUGUGAGACGGCACACUGCCAGCUCUUCAGCUUCUGGAGAGUGGAUAUAUGUAAUUUCUGUCUCCUUCAGAUGUAUGAUUCUCACACAUCCUGUAUAGGACCUUUGCUGAUGUAGUGAUAAUAUAAUGAAUGCUUUCAAUGUAAUUUCCUGACUUGACAGGAUAGAUAUUGAUGACAGAAGCUGUUUGAACAGCUAAUUCUGGAUUGCACCUAAUGAUGUGUCAGUCUGGACUCCCAGGUGUGGAAAAGAUGGUGUCAGCUCCGCUGGGCAAAGAAACGUUCCUAAAUACAAUAUAUUUUAAGAGAUAAUUCAAUAAAAAUAAAUUAUCUUUACCAAUACA